AUGCCAGCGCGCGGCGCGCUGCCUGUCGUAUCCUCGACGAGCGCAAAUGCCCUCCUCUCAGACUUGCGGCCAACAACUCUCGACUCGCAAGCGCUCGAGUUCGUCAACUUGUUGCUCGAUGAGCUGCUCGUUGGGAUUGUCACUGCCGCCGAGAGUCUCAACCUCACCGACCUGCGCAUGCGCGGUGUGCCGUCUGCACUGAGUGAAGGCGAGGGCGAGUUCCGCAACCCCGCAGCGCUCGGCGCGCUGGGCCGCGCCGCUGUUGGCGAGGCCGAGGUCGAGAUCCGCUUGUGGUACGAUACCCACCCAACAGCGCAGAAGGAUGUGUCUGGCUUUCCUCCAGACGGCAAGGGACGUGGACUAGUCGCCAGUGCCGAGGAGGCGCGCGAGCGCUUUCCGACCGACGCAGCUGUCGAGCUCAUGCGCGUCAAGGUUGCUAGUCUGAGUACGUUUGCGGCCGCUCAGGACCCAAUACCGGAGUCCAGGUGUGACGCUGCCGCCGAUGCCUGGGAGAGCGCAGGUGGUGACGGAUCUGAGGAGACGGUGGCGCCUUCCGGAUUGUGGCUUACGGCUGUCCUGGAGCACAUUUGCGAGCACAUCCUGUCCAAGUUGUCACAGGUUGUGGCCCGAGAUUCGUCGAUUGUCACUGCCACAGUCACCGACCUGUACACGGCCUUGUGUGAGGAUGCCACUGUGUAUGGGUUUUUCAAGCGCAUGGAUGCAAGCGAGCAGUUCUACAAGAGUGUCAUCAACGCUGCAAAAGGAGUCCCCGCAGCUGCCAACCACAAGAGAGCCUCUUCCAUCCUCAGCUCACGACAACCCUCCGAGGACGACUACACUGUCAGGCAUCCACCCGCAGUCGCUGAAAAAGCUGCAGAAGACGACUUUGACGCCAUCUUGAGAUCCGGAGAAACCAUGCGCGUAAGCCUCACUCCAAGCCGCUUUAGCACGUUUGAGACCACACCCUCACCCAACACAUCACCGCAACGAAAAGACAGCGGCCGGGCAAGCGAUCACCUGUCCGCAGCACCCAUGUCGUCGAGCGAGUCCUCAUUACUCUCCAUGUCAACCCAGGCCAGCACUACCGACUCACGCGUCAGCGGGUAUCGCGCAGCCGCAGGUCGGAGCUGGUCGUCACAAGGGACCAAGCUCAUGCCGCGCGGUCCGACCAUUGAGGAGAAGGACGAGGACGACGCGGUCGAUUUCCACCGACCAUCCGUGAUCGAGCUGCUCAAGUCGGAGCCUCGCGUCCUUUCGCCCCGCAGUCAGGAGCGCACGGUGCCUGCUGUUAUUCUUGGCUCACCCAUCCCACAAACGGAGCCCGUCGAUUCCGAGAACGACGCAUCGCCCACCCUCGUCUCAGAGUUGUCGCAGUCGCAGCGAACGCAGCGCAGCGCAAGCGAGAGCGGGAUCGUGGAGACCGAGGUCAACGUCAACGGCCAGAUGUUCCGGAACCCGCGGCACAAGUCGGACCGCAUGACGAUGCGCCAAGAAACGCGUGACCUCGCUCACUUUCUCUCCACCACCGCGCCACCGCCCGUCUCUACGGCGCACGAGUUCACUCGGCCCGUCUCGCCUCCACAGCUGUUGUCGCGCUCGGGUAGGUUCAAGAACAUCAUGUCGCGUAUGAGCUCGACGAGGCGCAAGGAGGCCAAGGAAGAGGACACGUCGUUCAAGUCGUGGGCGGAACGUACUCUGUUGCCGUCGUCGUCGGUCCAGACUCUUCAGUUACAUCCGGACACCAAUUCGCUUCACGCGCCUUCGUUAAUGCCGCUGUCGCACUCUCGCGACGGAUCGACAGGACUGCGGUCACAGAAGAGCCAUUCGUCGGUCGGAUCCGUGUCGACGUUGCUAGGCACUGCGCCCGCCAACCAAGGUCGGACGCAGAGCGUCCGCAGUGUCGAACCGCCAGCGGUGAAUCGGAGAACGUCGAUUGUUCGCAAGUGGGCGGCGCAGGUCGCGCACGGUGAGCAACGGUUGACCAGACGCAAGAGUACACCCUUGAGCGUGAGCACGCCGCUGCCCGAAAACGACGCAGGGUGCGAGUCGCAGCCUGAGGCUGGCAGCAUGUCGACCGGCCUCGGUCUCGGCCUGGGAAUGAGCACAUUGCCCAACGGUGCGCGCAGCGACAGCGUCAUGCCCGAGGGCGAGCACCUCUCCGCGCGCGACGGCACGCCUGAAGCGGCCCUGGCGACACUCACGGGCUCGAACCGCUCUCGUGCCUCGACGAUCUACUCACAGUCCUCGUCCAAACCGCUGCGGCCAGAGCAGACGCGUAGUGUCUCGGUCCCGUCGCGGCAGCUGCGGCACGAACGCGUGGCCGAGCUACAGGAUGGGGCGUCGUCUGGCGCGCCCUCCAUUCGUUCCCUGGAGAGCGGCCAUUCGACCUCACCGGUGCUCGAGCGGCGUUCCCGGCUGCUGCCCUCGACCGCCUCCAGCCCGCGAGCUUCGCCGCGCGCACUCCCGAUCCCUUUACCGUCCAGUUCACCCAAGGCGUCCUUUCGUUCCCUUGACUCGGAGCCCGCACUGGAACGGCUUGCGGACGGCUACGUCGCCCUCACGGAUCUCACGCCGUUACGCACGCUACUUGACCACGCGACGACUGCGCGCGAAUGCCAGCUGCUCCUCGACGCGAUCCUGAGUCAGAUUGGCGUCCCGCACCCUGGGGAGACGGACCGCGUUGCCGCAUGGCUCCUUGGCGGUGGACCCAAGGGCCGAUGGAGCGACAAGGUACCGCGCCGCGCGCAACCUCCGCCUAGUGAGGGAUCGAGUCGGUCGAGCAGACGCAAGAAGCUCUCGUCCGAGGUGACGAACAAGAGCCUCCCGGCACUUCCAGAGCCGGUUGAGGCCAAGGAGAAGAAGGAGGAGGUCGGCGAGGUGUGGGAUAUCACGAGCGAGGGCCACGACAAGCCCAAGGAGAACGGACAUGUCGAGGAGGCAGAGAUAAAGCCUGCUGAGGUGUCCAAGCAUGCAGAGGAAGUGGAGGUCAAGGACGAGUGGAAGCCUGCUGCCGACACGCGAGUCUGGAUGGCCGCGUAG